AUGGGCUACAACUUUGCCCAGGGACUGGGCGAGCUCCGCGAGGCCGUUCAUCAAUAUGAGCCCAGCCGUAUCAAGACUCACGUUGAUCACGCUUUAGCUAAGACCGACCCGCGCAUCGUCGCUCAGACGCAGCCCAGUCAUAGUCAAAAAUACCUUGGUGAGACUCAAGAUAGACCUGCCGACGUCGACCUGGAAUUUGACAGCUAUGAGCAGGACUGCAAUAUGAUGGCCAGCGACGUCGUGGGUGGCAAAGCUGUGGACCCACCUAGUCUCGACGCGGCCCCGCCCUUCAUCGAUGUCUACUUCUCGACGAUACAUUCCCCCUACCCCUUUGUUCCACAGUCCGUCUUUAGGAAGGCCUACCACAAGGUUCAAGAUUCCCGCAAUGAGAAGAGACGUCUCGAUAGCACUCGGCUCGCACUAAUGUAUGUCAUUUGCGCCAUUGGCGCCUACUAUACAUCCUUCACUGGGAAGGAUUCCGGCAUAGGCACACUUCACGAGGUCUACUUCCUGCAUGCUCAUUCCUUGACCGCUCCAAGCCCAGACAGUCUUAAGGGCAAGGGCCUCCUCAAGGCCGAGAGUCGACGACGAGUGUGGUAUUCCAGCUGCGUCCUGGACCACUUGCUUUCUUUCCAGCUAGGACUGCCGCCAGCCAUCCACGACUAUGAUUGUCAUGUUCCAUUGCCGUCCCGGACUGGCGACUCUGACACCGACUGGGACGGCACUCAUCUUGCCACGGCGGAGGAGGAUUCGUCGUCCACCAUUGAUUACUUUCUUGCGGUUAGUGCCUUUUCCGGGAUUGUUGGCCACACCCUACGCGAUCUGUACGGCCCGAAGAGGAACCAGCGUACCACAGAUGACCUGGUUAGUACCAAAGACCUGGACCAGCGCCUUGUGAACUGGAAACUGGAGUUGCCUGGAAGGCCCCGUAUCGACCUGGGCCACGCCUUUGAGAAAUCUUUCAUCUUCAAAAGACAGUGCAACAAGUUGGCUAUCAAGUUCCACCAUCUCCGCGCCCUCAUCCACAGGCCAUAUCUGUGCUAUCCACUCUUGAGACAUCUGGACGACGCCAACGUGGGCCUCAUGCAAACUGACUGGUCUGUAAUUAGUUUCUAUGAGAAGAGCUGCGUCAUGGAGGCGCGGAAGACGGCCCGCCUGAUGUAUGGCAUCUCUACCGAGGAGGCCUUAGUGCACGACUUUCCCUGGUGGCAAAUGAUCUCGUCUCUGAUAUGUUCCGGCUGCAUCCUGCUCGGUUCGAGCAUCUUCACCCAGCCGACGGAUGACACCUUUGCUGAAUACGCGAAUGCUCUGUCCGAUGACGCUGAGACGUGCCUCAAGGUAUUUGAGGCCUUGAGUCUCAACUCGACUGGCGCCCGGAUUGCGCGGGACAUGACGGAGAGACUGAGAGAAUGUGGCGUGAAGUGGAGACAAGCCACGUGCACCUCUCCGCCCACACACUCUCCUCCCAAUCUGCACGGGCAACACAUAUCACUGUCGGAGGGUGUGGUGCCGAUACCCCAGGACUGGCCAGCAGAAAUCGUGGACUCCAUGGCCUGGUCCGCUCAGUUUUCCGGUGCUGUUCAGUCUGGGUGGCAGUUGUGA